AUGCUUAACCCAGCGAAAUGCACCUUUGGGGUCUUUACUGGAAAAUUCUUGGGAUACAAGGUUACCCCGGCGGGAAUCGAAGUUAAUACGGAUAAGGUCAAAGCCAUCAUGGAUAUGACACCACCCAAAGGGAUCAAAGAGGUACAGACUCUGAACGGGCGUAUCACUGCUCUGAGCAGGUUCAUCUCACGAUCGGCAGAGCGGAGCUUGCCAUUCUUUAAAAUUCUGAGGAAGGGGACCAAAUUUCAGUGGACAGCGGAAUGCCGAACAGCCUUUGACGAUCUUAAAGCAUACCUGGCAGAACUCCCAACUCUGACCAAGCCAAUUCCGGGUGAAGUAUUUUACUUAUACAUAGCAGUGGGAGAAGAAUCAAUCAGUUCCGCACUUAUCAGAGAAGAGGGGAAUCAUCAAAGGCCAAUUUACUUCGUUAAUCGGGUGAUUCAGGGCCCCGAGUUAAACUAUACAGAAAUUGAAAAGGCUGCUCUGGCAGUCAUGGUCACGGCUCGUAAGUUGAGGCCCUACUUUUUAUCACAUCGGGUAGUGGUACGAACUGCUUUACCUUUCAGACAAGUGUUGGGGCGACCGGAUUUGUCAGGGCGAAUGGUGAAGUGGGCUGUGGAAUUAGGGGAAUACGACGUGGAAUACGAGCCAAGGAUGGCCAUCAAGGUGCAAGCCCUUGCGGACUUCAUUCAGGAAACUACUCGCCGUCCUGCACAAGAAUUUUGGAUAGCCUUUGUGGAUGGAUCUGUCACGAAAGAGGGAUGUGGGAUCGGGGUGUAUGUCGUCUCUCCAAGCUCAGAACUGUACCAGUUUGCUAUAAAGUUUACUUGCAGAAUGUCCAACAACGAGGCUGAAUAUGAGGUUGUAGUCAGAGCAGCGCACACGUUGUCAGAGCUGCGGGCUGAGUGUGUCAUCAUUAGGACUGAUUCGCAAUUGGUGGCUCAGCAAUUCUCGGGGGGCUAUCAUAUUAAGGAGGAUCGGAUGCGGCCAUAUCAUAAUAAGAUCAAUGAAAUGAAGACGAAAUUCAUGGAAUUCAAAAUCGAACAGAUUUCUCGGGAGGAGAACACCAAAGCAGACCUAUUGGCACGAGUCGCCAGUGCAGUGGAACAGACGUGGAGUGAUGAGAUUACGCUGCUCUGCGACACCAGAGAAAUGGGGACUUCUCAGGUUUUUGCGGUAGAAAUCCGGGAUGAUUGGCGGGCACCAAUUAUACACAUUCUCAAGACAGGGGAACGGCUGAACAAAGAAUCCAAUCAGAGGGCUCGAUACGAGAAUUAUUGCUUGAUUAAUGAUCAACUCUACAAACGUUCUUUCACCCAUCCUCUAUUAAAAUGUUUAUCUCCUGAGGAAGCUAAUUUUGCAUUAAAAGAGAUUCAUGUAGGUUGUUGUGGUGGGCACACGGAAUUCAGGGAUCUCAUACGAAAAAUCAUCCGGGUAGGGUUCUACUGGCCAAACAUCACUAAGGACGCCAGAGAGUUCGUUUGCAAAUGCAAAGCUUGCCAAAGGCAUGCGGGAAAAAUCAAUAUUCCAGGGGAAAUCAUGGGAAUAAUAAUCAUCGUGUCAGACAAUGGAACCCAGUUCACAGGGCAGAGGAUCGCUGAUUUCUGUGAUCGAAUGGACAUAACACAACGUUUCGUGACAGUGGCUCAUUCACAAGCAAAUGGGCAAGUGGAGUUGGCGAACAGAUCAAUUUGUGAAGGGAUCAAGAAGCAAGUGAACCAGAGCAGAGGGAAGUGGGUCGAGGAGUUGGAUACCGUACUCUGGGCCUAUCGUACUAGCCCAAAAACAGCAACGGGAGAGCCACCUUUUACCCUGGUGUAUGGAUCCAAUGCAGUGGUACCAACGGAAGCUAGAUUGGAGUCAUACCGAAUAACAACUUACAACACAGAGCAAAACUCGGAACUCCGCAGAGCAGAGCUCGAUCUUGUAAAAGCGCAGAGGAAUGAAGCCCAAGUCAGAGCAGCGAAAUAUAAAAGCAUCAUCAAGGCAAGAUACGAUAAGAGGGUCAGAGCACGAAAGUUAUCUAAAGGCGACCUAGUCCUCAAGAAGGCCGAUGCAUUGAAACUAGUGGGCAAGUUUGAACCUAAUUGGGAAGGCCCUUUCAUCAUCACCGAGGUUCUGGGUGGCGAAGCUUACACAUUAGUGUUCCAGCCAAGAAGGGAAGCGUCAGAGGAACGCCAAGAAGGGAAGCGUCAGAGGAAUGCCCAGAAGAGAAGUGUCAGAGGAACGCCAAGAAGAGAAACGCUUGGAAGGGAGCGACUAGAGGAAUGGAUAAAAGAAAAGCGUCAGAAGAGUGCCCAGAGAGGAAAGGGCCAGAGAAAUAUACAGAGGGAAGAACCACAGCAGCAAAAGGAAAAACCCAAAGCAAGUCAUCCAGGAAGGAGGUCAGAGCAGCAGUUCCAACAACAUACUCAGAAGAAUCAUAUUGUCAAGACAAGGCUGCCGGUUUGGUCAAAGUCAGAGGAACCGCACAAAGGGCAGCCGACCAGAGGAAUCAUGAACACUUCAACAAAAAAUAAAAAAUUCUACUCUACACAGAAGAAACAACUGUCAUAUCUUGAGGUUUCGGAAUGCAAGUUCACAUCAAAGACAAAGCAACAACAACAUGAUAGCACGAAGAACAUAUAA